AUGUCGUCUGAUGAUGAGCCUCCGGUGAAAAAAUCUAGAACAAGGGAUGAAUCAAAAUGUAUCUCAUGUAAUAAAUAUUUACGAAACUUGAGUGGAUCUCAUUUGGACAUAAGCAGUCGUGAACAAGCUUCAGAUUUUCAUAAAAAUCAAAAAACAAAUAAUUUGACUCAAGACCGAAUUCCAUCGGAGACCAAGACGACUGGUGCAGAAGGCUUUUUGAAAAAAGAUCUUGUUUCAGAUGAAGUAGAAAAAAUUCCGUCUGAAAUUGAAGAACAAACGUCAAAAAUAUCACUUGACAAUUCACAAGACAGCAGCGUAGAAGCGAAUACACCUUCUUGGGAUAGAAAAUCUAGAGACACUAAAAGCAGUCAAGAUUCAAUCACAGAUUCUAGUCAACAAAUAGAUUCUUCUGGUUCUGAUCCAACAUUCAUAGCAGUUGAAACCACGGAAAUUGAAAUGGUAUCAAUGCCUUUUGCAAGAGUCGUCGUUACUCACAAAUAUUGUUUCAUGUGCAAAGAUACGAACGACCUUCAAGACGUACCAUUCGAUGCUCGUGUACAAGUAUUUGUAAAAAAGAGGAUAUUCAUACCAAGAAGGAAUAGGUGUUGUAAGAAGCAUUUAAUUAAAAAUCGUUUCUAUGAUCAAGAGUUAUCGAACAUAUCUACUGCUGACAACGAAUGUUCGAUAGAAUCAAAGGAAUUGACAAAGUUUUUAGAAUCCUUAUCAGAUUUGAGCGAUGCUCGAUUUCAUGAUAAAAUCAGCGAGUAUGCAAUUUCUGAAGAGAGAGUAAAAGCAUUGACGGGUUUUACGUGGGAAAAUAUUAUUACUCUUCGAGAAAUGAUGAAAACUAUGCGAAGUUCAGAUCAUCGAAAUGUUACUCAAGCACUAGUCAUAUUUUUGAUGAAAAUGAGAACGGGAAAUUCUGAUCUUUGUAUAUCUGCUAUACUUGAAAUCAAAGAAAAAAUGGUUCAAAAAUGUAUCAAUGCGGUUUUAAAAUGUUUUAAAGAAGAAGUUUUACCGAAACAUUUUGGAUUCCAGGCGUACUCUAGAGAAUUCUUAUUGAGCCAAACCUCCCCUGUAGCCAAAAUAUUAUUUAAUUUAGGAAAUAGUCUGGCUAUAGUAUGUGAUGGCACAUACUUACGUCACCAAAAAAGCAGUAAUAAUGCUUAUCAAAAGAAAUCUUACUCUGGACAAAAAAAAACUGCACUUUGUAAGCCUUUCACAAUCGCAACUACGAAUGGCUUUACAGUUGAUGUCGGUGGACCAUUUAAUGCUAACCUCAACGAUGCUAAAAUUUUGGAGGAGCUAUUAAAUUCACCUGAAGGUCUUAACAGUGUUUUAGAAAAAGGAGAUUACUUUAUCUUAGAUAGGGGAUUUCGUGAUGUAGUCCUACUUUUGACAAGUAUGGGUUACAGAGUACUUAUGCCGGCGUUGAAAGGAAAACGAAAUCAAUUAACAGUAGAAGAAUCAAAUGAAUCUCGAUUGGUAACUAAAGUUAGAUGGGUUGUUGAAGCUAUACAUGGUGUAGUUGGACAAAAGCAUAAACUUCUUCACAACCAAUUUCAUAAUUCUCAAUUGCACAGUGCUGGAUUGUACUGUCGAAUUGCCUGUUUUCUCAAUAAUUUAUUUGGAAAACGUCUCAAUUCAGAUGUCGGAAAAAUAAAUUCGAUCAUCGAAAGAAUUAACGAGACAAAAAAUUUGAAAAAUACUUUGGCUGAAUUCGUUGAAGAGAAUAACUGGAAUAGAAAAACUACACCAUUCAGUACAGUUUCAUCAAACGAUUUACUUGAUUUUCCAGAACUGACUAUUGAUGAAUUACAAAUACUGUUCACUGGUACAUAUCAAUUGUCUCAAGCUGUGUGUUAUUUAGCGGAAAUGAUGGACGAGAACGGAUCCGUAUCUCUCAAGUCUUCCAAAGUAGAAACUGGAAUUAUCAGAUUUGAAGUAAAAUCAAGACAUAUCAAUAGCAAAACGUACAAGUCCUACGUGCACUACCUACCAAAUACUUAUGGUAUAAAGGGUGUGAAAAGAUACUGUUGUAAUUGUGCUAACGGUAACAGAACCGUAGACUGUUGCUCUCACGUUGCAUCCAUAAUUUAUUACUUGAGUCAUGCUCGAUAUUUGUCGCGCAUCUUGAAGCCAGCAGAACACUUAACUCAUUUGUUUGAUAUUGAUAAUAUUGUACCUGUCAUUGAUGAAGAUAGUGAUGAAGAUUGA